AUGUCGGAAAAGAUACAGUUUUGGAAAGAUGGCGCCUUAUUGCUGGAGGAGGACGCCUUGCAGAAGUUGCUGAAGAUCGCGUAUGACAAGUGUUUCGAUUGGACUGAGUUCGUGUGCACGACAAGUGGUAUCCGCAAGCACGAGAAGAUCGACGACUUCGGAUUCGAGACAACUUACGAUGCGGCGUUGAAGAAAAUGAAAACGGUUCUUCAGAACGAAGAGCGCGACAGACGCAUCAUCCAAGAUGGACCAGUAGCUUUUGCCGCACCGCCCUACGCUUCCUUGCUCGAAAAAGAUGGACCGGGAAUAGGAAUUUUGACGAAGACGGGAAAGUCGCCAGUGCAAGAAGGAUUCUAUGAGGUUGUUGAGACCAGAAAAGCAGCACGUCAGCGGAUCAGAGAAAGUGUACAGCUGUAUAAGGUAUGGACACAUCGCGAAAGAUUGUCCAUAUAG